AUGAAGUUUCAGGCCGUUUUGCGUCUCAAUGGACUCACUCUAGCAGGUGUGGGUUUGGGUCCAGCACAGGGUACUCCAUUUUUCUCUCCCUACCUGUUCCAGCAGCAGCCCCCGCAGGUGCUGAACUUUAACCCUGCGAUGCAGGGACCCUUCUUUCCCCCUCAAAUAAACCAGCUGAACCCAGCACAGUUGCCCCCGUUGCAGCAGGAGCAGCCUAUACCUGGCUUCGGUCCCAAUAACGGCGUACCAGCACAGAACCUUCCCCCGGGCUUUCCAUUCUUCCUGACAAAUCUAUAUCCUCUGAGAAACACUCCUGUAAGGCUGAUACCCCAGAAUGCUGGCCCCAAUGUUCAAGGUCAGGCUACGAUGCAACCAGUGCAACCAGUGCAACCAGUGCAACCAAUCCAGACAGUCUUUAAGACACAUUUUGACAUGUUUCAGAACAGGGUGAAGGCAGUAGACCCGAAGGUAACGUCUGCUCCUGAUUACCGUGGUGAUCGGCCCGGUCCUGGAACUGGAGAGGUAAUGCAAUAGUAAACUUCCAUCUUUUUUCACAGUUUUCUUUGGUUUACACAUGCUAUUAUUAACUAAACAUGACUGGGCAGAAUGAUUGCUGUAGAAUUUGUAGACACAUUAGCUUGUUUAUUAACCAAUCCUGUCUCUGACAGGGGCAUCCUGGCUUCCCAUUGUUUGAGCCAUAGGCUCAGAAGAUUUCAUUAUUAAAAAGGUAUUAAAAAGUUUUCUUAAAAGUAUAUUAUAAUGGGAUAUCCUACCAUUUAAUUUAUCUGAAUGUACAUUUGUUGUUGGUUUUCC